GGGCGUGCAGGGGGAUGCAGGGUGUCGCGACUGUCGCAAUUCGCGAGGAGCUGUCAGAAGUCAGGAUUUGUCAAAUAUUAUCAAAUAUUAUCAGGCCCGUUCACACUACAGAUUGCUGCGAAUGUGAAUUGUAUCAAUUGUAUGUAUGUAUGUACGUACAUACAUACAUACGCGCGAUCGAAUGACUGCGAAUGACUUGAAUCGUGACAUUCGUGACGUAAAACUACUUAACGACAAGCUAGCCUUUGUGGGUGGUUAAUGCGUUCAACAAUUAUUAAAUACAAAUUUGUUCGGUUGUAUGUACCGUACUCGUGAAAGCUCGGUAUAACCUGCCUUUGUGUGCGUAGUGCGUACGGCUAUAAUUAUUCAUUAUUUGUUUCGGUCAAACCGCAAACCGGCCGUUCGGUUCGGUGUCAUCCUCUAUCUCCAUUCUCACACCGACGUGACUCGUAUAUCUCUUGGACCGAAUGAUAUACUAUCGCAAUACUAUGAAGUUACACGAUGGAGCUUUCCGAAUCGCGAAAUCUUGUUAAGGAUUUAGAUUUAACCCUUCAGCCACGAAUCGUCCCACGAUACAAAACUUGGCUUCCUCUUGCCACUCAGCAGUUACGACUCAGAGGUUUAGUACAAAUAAUAGGCCAUAAUCUAAAGGCUAAUGUAAAUGGAGAGAUAUGUUGGUUCUAUUAUACGUUACAUAGAUCAAGUAUGUCGUCUCCGUUAUAUACGAGCGAAGCGAUCGACAAUGCUAAUCCAAGAUGGUCAAGUCUCGAAGUACCGACCCUGCAUGCCACAGGUUAUUCAACGGCCAGUGAGAUUAUCCUAAGGGUCUGGAAACGCUCGGUGCCAUGUGAUAAUACAGCUGACGUGACCCUCUCCACAUGGGGAAUAUCGUUUACAGGAUUGGCGUAUAUCGGUCCUAAGCUGCCACCUAAUCUAGAAACUAUCCUAAAGGAAAACUCUUUGAUAUUUCAUUUUCAUGGUGGAUACUUUACUCCUGCGUACUGCUUCGAAACAGCUCCAGACUCAAAGCGCUAUCUUUAUAUGACUAUAAAUGCAUCCGAAAUAAAGAAUAGUUAUACUGUGAAUAAGCUCAGCAGUUUAAGAAGCAAAAUGCAGGCACUAAAGCAACAAACAGAAUCGGUGCAAGCGCUCAGAGUACGCAUUGCCUCGGGUGAUGAUUUUCAUACUCGCAAGUAUCCACAGACAACUUUGAACAGACUAUUGCAACCACGAAGAGUUAACAGGGAAAAGAAGUUGGAAAUUAUGAGAAUACGUAAAGAGCUAGAAAUGGCUAAAUUUAGAACAAAAUUGUUAGAACAAGAAAGAGCGCGAAAAAUGGGAGAAAUUCGUGUAUUGAAUCAAUUACACACUAAUAUUGUAGAAGAAAAUCAAGAUCAUGGUUCUGAUUUAAUGGAAAGAUAUAGAGAGCUGAAUAAAGAUAUAGAAAGAUUGAAUGAGUGGCGGCAAAAUCAUAUAGAUACGAGAGAAACAUAUUUGCAGUUGAGCAGCCAACUUGCACAGAGACGACGACAGUUAAUCUCAGAAAUGUGUUUAAUAUAUCCCAUUAAACAGGAUAGUAUCGGAAAGUUUAGAAUAAAUGACGUUUAUUUGCCAGACAGCGAGGAAUUGGAAUUAUCGAACGACACACAAGUGGCUGUAGCAUUAGGUUUUGUUGCACAUACAACGCAGAUGAUUGCAAAUUUUUUGAAUGUACCGACCAGAUAUCCUAUCAUUCAUUAUGGCUCGCGCAGUAAAGUCAUAGAUCAUAUCACAGAAAGUUUGCCUGACAACGAUAGACAGUUUCCUCUGUUUGCUCGAAGCAAGGAUAAAUUACAAUUCCAUUACGCUGUAUAUCUAUUAAAUAAAAACAUAGCACAGCUUCGAUGGUAUUGCGGCCUCCCGACUACCGAUUUAAGAGCAACUUUACCAAAUCUCGCUACGCUUAUCAACAUCAAGCCUAAUCAAAUACACUUGGACGAUUCGAAACGAACAUUUUCUACCUCGUCUUUGGACACUGAAAGUGGUAAUGGUAAACAGAAUCCACCUCUCACACCACCACUGCAAAAACUAAUUUUCGAGAAAUGUCAUCGUUCUUCUCGCUCAAUGAGUCAAUUAAAAAAUAUAAAAUCAUCUCUUGGAUCUUCUUUGGAUCAGGGUUUAGACAAACCUGUACAAUUGCCUGCGCUAGGUAGUCAAUCAAAGCGAAUUUGUAAAUCGGAAGAGAGUGCCAUUGACAAUAAAACCUUGGUAUUGGCUAAGGAUAGAUCGACUAACAGUAGUAAUGAGACAUUAAACAGUGCCAUUCUGAAUAAUAUUGAUAAUAUAACUCUUAAGGAUAAAGACGAUUUUGUCGAGAUUAGCGAUAAGAUCGUUAUUGAAAGCAACAUCGAGAUUAUGAUACCCACAUCAGUUUCUAAAGCAAGGAAUGUCACGGAUAGCUUGGAAAGUUCCGUGAGUGCUCGAGAUAGAAGCUCCAAUUCUAUAAGCAGCUGCGAAAUGGCUCUCAGUAGUAGCCAAAAUGAUGUAGAUGAGAGUUCGAGUGGAAACCAUGUUAUUAAGAGAGAAAGAGUCGAUGAUAAUGUAUUUUCGAUCGAUGACAAUUUAAGAAACGUCAAAGAUGCGAUAGACAAUUCGUUGAAAAAUGGAGAAUACAGUAAAAGGCAUGAUUCCAGAAAUAAUGUUUCACAAAUCUACGACAUUAAUAGUACAAUCGUCAGCGAACAAAAUAGUAGUGUUCAUGGACAAGACCCGCUUACAGAAACUGCCAUCUACAGCAGAGAACGUUUUGUUAAAUCGUGCUCAUCUUUGGACGAUGUGUAUACCUAUGGAGAAUCUGAAAAACAAAGAACAAAUUCUAUUUGUACCUAUACAGAAGGAUAUACAAAGAAUGCUACAUUACGGCAGAAACGUGGCUUUGAAUCCAGAGAAAAUAAACCAGAUUAUCUUCAACAUGCUGAAAAAUUCAGGCCUCAGGAUAUUGUAAGAAAUGAAUCAAUGGUAGGUACGAGGUCAAUUCUAAGUACAUCAAGAUCAGACUGCUGUUACGAUGAAGCAAAAAUGCAAUGUGACAUUCAAGCGUCAAGCGAGUAUAUAGAUGUCAUUAGGCGGAGCUCAGAAAACGUGUGUGCGCGCACCGAAGCUUUAGCCAACAAGAAAGCUAGUUUCAAAGUUAUGAAACCGCGUCUUUAAUACUUUCCUACGUUAUAAUGUUGUGUCCUGAUAAUAGGUGCGAAUACCAAAGGUCUUAAGACAUGUUUAGUUUAUAUUUUACAUAUAUAUAUGUUGUUGAUACGAUAAAAAUUCUUUAAAUCUUAUUUAAAGUUGACUUUAAUUGAUAUUGUAUAAGAUGUUACAGAAAUAUUUAUUAUCUUUUAUUUAAUCGAAAUAACACAAAAGGUUUAUAAUAAUCACUGUCUUACAGUACGGAUAUGGAAAAAAUUACGUAUUUCGUGACAAAUAUAAGCUAAAUUAUCUAUAAGGGUAAAAUUAAGAAAGUCAGUUGUGCUUACCUAUUAUUCUACGUAUGUGCAUUUAUAACUUCUUUCGUUCUCUUAUGUUUGUGCAAAUAACAACUAUCGAGAACUAUCAUCGAUGAUGUUAUUGGAUGUAAUAAUAAUACAGUAAUAUAUGUAAGAGGUAGCAAAAUUAAUAGCUUUUUUAAAGAAAUGCAUCUUUGCACAUAUAUCUGGUACAUGAUGGUGUUAUUAUGUUUUCGUAUUGCACACUUAUGAUGAAACUUUGGACAGUUCAUUAUAAUCAACAGCUGUAAAUCGAGAUUUUCUUAAUUUAAUAGUGAGAUGUAAAUAUGUAUUGAUACAAUUAUUAAGUUACACGACCCUAUUACUGUAAUAUAACCUGCAACAUUUAUAUUGUUAUUAUUUCUGUACGGAAGCGUUUUCAUUAAACUGAGAUGAAAUGUAAUACAUAAAGUUUGUAUAUACAUAUGUACUAUGUAUUAUAGAUUUUUUCACUGUACUUAAUUCACAUGAUUGAUCAGUGUUUAAUUCAUGCUUAUAAUGCAAGCGAUAGAAUGCAUCAAUAUAGUUGAUUCUAUUUUUAUCAUUAGAAAUAUUACAGUAUACCAUAAAUUUAUGUGCGAGGACCAAACAAACCACAUAAUCGCUUAAACAAAACGAUCAUGUAAUAGUAAUUAAUCCGUAAUCUGAUUAUUAAAUAAGUAAUUAGAUAAAAGCAACCUGUGGAAGAAUUGUUCGCAAAACAAUUUCGUGGAACUCGAGCGGACUAUCGCAUUGUGAUAUAAUAUGAAAUAAAAAAAGUUAUUAAAGGAAAGAGAAAAAAAACAAAUUAUCUCUUGUUAUAUGUUUCUACGUCCUAUUUAUCUUUUAUUCAAUAAUUACACAUUAUUUUUAUUUUGCAUGAAAAUUUUAAUUUUGCUUUCUGAAAUCUCUCUUUCCUCUGUCUAGUUAAAUCUAUUUAAGUAGUAUUCAUUAAAAUAUGUACGUAGAUAAUGUUGCACUAAAUUCAUUUCAAUAUUGCACAACGUAUAAACACACGUGUAAAACAAAAGUCUAAUUGUAAGAUAUAUUUCCUGUUGUAUCU